AUGCCGCAGUUCUCCGUGGAGCAGGUGCGGGCCAUCAUGGACAAGACGGAGAGCAUCCGUUCCAUGAGCGUCAUUGCGCAUGUGGACCAUGGCAAAACCACCCUGGCAGACUCCCUGCUUUCCCGUGCGGGCAUCAUCUCCAGCAAGGCGGCCGGAGAUGCCCGCUUCAUGCAGGGCAGAAAGGACGAGCAGGAGCGUGGCGUGACCAUCAAGAGCACAGGUGUCACCUUGUACUUUGAGCAUGACCACGAGGACGGCUCUGGGCCACAGCCGCACCUCAUCAACUUGAUCGACUCUCCGGGCCAUGUGGACUUCUCCUCAGAGGUGACCGCGGCCUUGCGCAUCACCGACGGGGCUAUCGUGGUCGUUGACUGUAUUGAAGGCUGUGCGGUUCAGACCGAGACGGUACUGCGACAGGCGAGGCUGCAGGGAGUGGCAGGGAUUUUACCGGGUGCUUCGUAUUAG